AUGUAUUGUUACCACAAACUGGGGUGCUGCAUUACUUUUGGACAGCACAGUAGUAACGCCGCACAGCAACUUGCGGCCAGCCCCGGACGCGAACUCCCGGAAAAGGCCGUCGCGACCUGGGCUUUUGGAUAUGACGCUUUCGAUGAGUUGUCCUACUAUGCUAGGAAGUCGAAGUUCGUGGACGGUGUCAUGACCCAGAUCCACCAUUUACCUUGGACGGCGACCGACUUCGACCGGUUCCUUUUCUUACGCCCACCUACGUCCACGUUCCCAGAGACGGCAGAACAGCGCGCAGAGAACAAGAUAGGAUGGGUGCUUCUAGACGAGAGACAUCGUUCUAAGAUAUUCGUCAAAGGCGUUUUAAUUCGAGCAGAAGACGAUAAAACAACGGGUCUACACUACGGUGUGAACUUUACAAAGGAAAUUCCGCUCGAUCGAGAUCGUUCUGGCCUUGACGAUCGCUCAGAGGCGUCCAAGGCAAUCUACCAGAUUUGGAAGCCCUUGCUGCUGUCCUCCAACGACGCUCGGAGGAAGUACAUCGACCUUCUGCUCCAUCACGACCAGACGCUGGACGUGAUCGAGCUCCCAGCAAGUAUCACUCGAGAAGUCGCUUCCGCUCUGGUAGUUGCUCUGCGUGAAGAGCAUGGUGAAGACGCGUUAUUCUAUUGGGCCAAUGAGACGACCGAGUCCGUUCGGAUUAUCCAAAGUUCUUUGAAAAGGACGCCCUUCCUUCUUACUAAGCUGUUUUGGAUGGCUCUUCGGCAACAUAACACCAUCAUGUCUCCUGAAGAAGCCCGCGAGAAGGCCUUCACCAAGCUUCUUCCAUAUCACCCGGACGAGUUUAGCGUCGAAAUCUCGGUCGGAGACGAGACAUUUCUGUCAGACCAACUGCUUAAGCCUGCGAAGGAACGGUGGAGGGCAUGCCCCCGUCGUUUGGCCAACAACGCUUCCAGCGUUCAUUGCGAUUGCUCGGCCUUGCACAUCGGAAACCUCUUCACCGACGAGCUGAAGAUACCGUACGACGAGAAAGAAGACAUCAAGUUUCAACGAGGCCAACUGGUGGCCCAAAUGCCGCGGAGGUUGACCCACAGCUUCGCAUACGAUGAUCAGGUUUUAACGGCCACGAUCUCCUGGUCAGCAGCAACAAACUAUGCUACCAAUUUCAUCGUUUGGCUCCGUACGGAUGACGACCCGCUCCUCAAACCUGCUCUGGUCCAUCGAAAAGCACCACCCGUGGUGCCUGCCACUGGGACUACUACUCAACCGCAUGAAGUGGACGAACACGCAAACCACGCCGACAACGCUAUCAAUCGAGAUCCUGGUCAAAGCAGAACGUCUCCAGAUAUCACUAUCGUCAGCAGCCGAGGCCGAAAGUUCCCCGAGCAUGUGGAUGACGCUGGACCUUCAUCGACUCAAAUAGGUGCUGGCGACAUGACUGGGCCAAAGAAAUGUGGUGAACCUGACGCAGACCCCAAUGCUUGGGCAAAACACGCGGCGGACGCCAUGGAGCCCGAUGACCCUGCAGUCUCUACCCAAGAAGAGAGCGAACCGUCUAGCGGAGAUGAAGUACCCAGGCAUCCCGAAUUCAGUACAGCCCCCACGGAUUCCAUCACGCUACGCAAUAUCCUUCCCGGUAAACGCUAUGUUGCUCAGGUUAGAAGGGACUGUGAAUUGGCGAUCUGGAGUCCUCCACUUCGUUUCAUAGCUCCUCCUUCUAAUCCGUCGAUAAUCACCGUAAAGUGGCUGUCCAAGACGAAGCUACAGGUCGAAUGGUCGGGCUCUAUCGCAGCAGUAACCUACAGGGUAACUCUGCAUGCAUCCGAUGGCGCCGAACUUGCGGAGAAAGACGGUCUUGAGGACAGCUCUUGGGUUGGUGUCGCAGAUCCGGAUGCGGACUCCGUCAGAGUCUAUGCAUUCGGGGCAGACGAAACGAGUUGCUUGGAACCAGGGAAGGCAUCCGUACCACCCAACCCCUAUCUCGGGCGUUCUCCUUCGCCAGUACGUCCUUCGCCACCUGGAGAUGCUUCUCCAAGAUCGGAUGUGCGAGGGUUUUCACCAGCACCUUCUGCUGGCGGUGACUCGGACGAUCCAGAGGCCGUGACGUCCCAAUCGGCCGAAUCAGGCCACAGGGAUCACACUCAUCGCCCGGUGCCAAAACGACCUUCGCUGGACAAACCUAAUGUCGCGUCAGGCUCGAAGUCGAGGGCCGAUAAUGCGGAGUUCGAUGAUUUUGAAGACGACACGACGGACGAAGAAGAAGAAGAAGAAGAAAACGGUGAGGAGUUUACCGAUGACGACAACCACACCGCGUCGAUAUGGCAGUUCAACAAAGACGAUCAGGACUUCGACAGCGACAAGGACGCGGAUGACGAUGAAGAACGACUUCAGACCUGGAUGAUCAAUGGCAAAGAACUCGCCGUUGAUCGCUGUUUCGAGGUUACCUACAAGAGAGGUAAAGCUAGUAGCCCAGUCGUCAUCCAAGUCCAUGCCAUUGUCAAGAGAAAAUCCGGCAAAACUGCGAAGCUUCAGAAACAUGAGCUCGUCCUCUUACAUCAGGGGGCGGAGCACGAUGACGGCAGUCGUGGGUGCGAUCUGGUAGAAAAGAUUUCCACUGUGUCGAUCGUCGACAUCAUUCAAGAGGUAGAGGUGGACCACGCCGAAUCACCAGCAGAUAUUCCCCGACAGUAUCAUUGCGGCAGCCUUCCUGUCUACGUCUGUCGUUGGACCAUGUCCCACGUCAACAUGAGAUCGGCGACCAUAUUCCGCAUUCCACCUGGCCCUGACUGGGAGGACUUGCUCGAGGAAGCUGCUCACCCUGAGGUGGCCGGACACGUUGCGCCUGAUCCGCAAUUUUACAGUCGCCCGACAACAUUGGAGUUUUAUGCUGGCACAGGCGGGACGGCACGCGGAUUCCAAGCUGCUGGCUUUAGAGCUAUUGCUGGAGUAGAGAGUGAUCUCUAUGCGGCGAUGGGAUAUGAGGAUAUCAAGACUAAUUUCCCUGGAGUCCCGAUCCACAACGAGGAAGUAGAUGCCUUCAUGGACGAUGUAAAGGACAAGAAAUUCGAUGCCUGCAUGGACGAUGUCAAGGACGAUAAAUUCGAACAUCCAAAACAGAUCACUGUGCUGCUAACAAGCCCGCCAUGCGAGCCAUUCAGUAACGCAAGUAAUGGUAAAGGAGGUAACGACGACAAGAACAGAGAUCAAUUGCAAACGACGACUCGUGCACUCGAGAUCUUCAGGCCCGCCUAUCUUUUUUUUGAGAAUGUUCCUACCCUUGCCGCCGAUAAACACAUGGAGCACUAUCGCCCUCUCCUUCUCCAGAUUCUGCGACUAGGAUACUCUCUCAAAUACACCACGUUGAAUGCGGCUGAAUACGGUGUGGCCUCCCAGCGCAAGAGGCUCAGCCUCGUCGCCGCAGCACCAGGUUUUAUUCUUCCUUCAUGGCCAGAGCCAACCCAUAGGGAUCCCAACUGGGAAUACUCAGAAGACUUCACCCCACCCGCACAGGUAUUUGUCACCGUCCGAGAUGCUAUCCAGGACUUGGAGUGGCGUAAUCCGCGGGUGCAUCAUUGCAGUGCCGAUAAGCACAGCGUAUAUUGCAACAUACCGAAAGACGGUAAUCACCCCCAACCUAGCGAGUACGCCCUCUCGCUCGGGCGCCAGAAUCGUGGCUUAAUCACCCAUCACAUAACUGGAAGACCUGCAAAAGAGGAGUGGAAAGAGGAGAGAACUUUGGCGGACGCUGGAAAUGCCGUCAUCCUCGAUCACCAUAGAUUCGUUGGACCCCUCAGUAGACAAUACAAGCAAAUCGGCAACGCUGUCCGGCCAUUGCUCGCAAAAGCAGUUGCGAUGGAAAUUCGUAGAGUCCUGGAAGACCAGUUUCUGCACCUGUUAUUUGAGGAGCUUGCAUCUAUGUCCAGAGAACAGUCGGUCACAACUGCAAGCACGGUUGCUAGCGAAAAUUCCGAUAUUCGAACAAAAAGCGGAGCGGUGCGCAGAACGGCGAAUGAGGUUGAUGGCCUUGACGACGACGAAAGAGAUCCCAAAAGAUUCAGGGCCGAUGUUGGAACAGGCGUGUCUUCGGCAGCAGGGCCGGAGUGCACGCACCAGUAG